ACCCGCGAUUGGCGAAAGCCGUGUCACGUGGGCGGCCAAGCUCCCCCUCCUCACCGCUCGAUGGGCGGCUCCUACUUCAGGCUGUGGGAAAAUGGCGGACGCGGAUCGGCUGGGAUUGAAUCAUACCGGCGAUCUCUUCGCUUUGCCGAAAGAAAACGGCGAGCCGGCCGCUAAAAAGCCGCGGAUAGACUCCGCCCACGGCGGGCAGCCGCUGUACGGCGAGAAAGAAGGGAGAGCGGGAGCGUCGGCGGAGCCGGGUGUCCCGGAAGAGGGGGAGGCCUCUGCGGAGGGAGUAGGCAGAGCGCACAAUGAUAGCUCGCCCCUUUCGGGCCUGUUAGGGGAACAGCGGCACCCAGCAAUGCAGGCCGAGCAGGAGCUGAUUAAUGGAGACCUGGCGGAGCAGGCAGUCGAGUAUGGAGAAGAUCUCCAUCUAGAUGAUGAUCUUGUUGGCGGCUUUCAUUCAUGUGACAGUGAUGACGAAGAUCGAACUUCCCAUGCCAGCUCGAGUGACUGGACUCCCAAGCCUUGCAUAGGUCCUUACACAUUUGUUCAGCGACACCUAAUGAUGGGUACUGACCCUAGGACCAUUCUAACGGAUCUGCUUCCUGAUUCUGUUGCACCACCUGAUCUGGAUGACAUGACUCUCUGGCAAAUUGUGAUCAACAUACUGUCAGAUCCACCGAAAAGGAAAAAGCGCAAAGACAUUAAUACUAUUGAGGACGCUGUCAGACUCCUGCAAGAGAGCAAGAAAAUAAUGGUGUUAACUGGAGCUGGGGUUUCUGUCUCCUGUGGAAUCCCAGAUUUUCGAUCGAGGGAUGGGAUAUAUGCACGUCUGGCAGUGGAUUUCCCUGAUCUUCCAAAUCCUCAAGCCAUGUUUGAUAUUGAAUACUUUAGAAAGGACCCAAGGCCAUUUUUUAAAUUCGCAAAGGAAAUUUUUCCAGGCCAGUUUCAGCCAUCUCUCUGCCACAAGUUUAUUGCUAUGUUGGAUAAAGAGGGGAAAUUACUUAGAAAUUAUACUCAGAAUAUAGACACACUGGAACAAGAAGCAGGAAUUCAAAGAAUUAUCCAGUGUCAUGGGUCAUUUGCAAUGGCCUCUUGUCUAAUAUGCAAACACAAAGUUGACUGUGAAGCUGUCAGAGAGGACAUAUUUAAUCAGGUUGUUCCACGAUGUCCUAGAUGUCCACAGGAAGAGCCCCUUGCAAUUAUGAAACCUGAUAUUGUCUUUUUCGGGGAGAAUUUGCCUGAACAAUUCCACAGGGCAAUGAAAUAUGACAAAGAUGAGGUUGACCUUCUUAUUGUUAUUGGCUCCUCGUUGAAAGUGAGACCGGUUGCUUUAAUACCAAGCUCCAUCCCUCACGAAGUGCCUCAAAUUUUGAUUAAUAGAGAGCCUUUGCCUCAUCUUCAUUUUGAUAUUGAACUUCUUGGAGACUGUGACGUCAUAAUCAAUGAGCUAAGCCAGAGACUAGAUGGAAAGUAUGCAGAACUCUGUAACGGUUCCUUGACACUUACAGAAAUCACAGAGAAACCUCCCCGACCAAACAAAGUGCUUUCCAUUCUGCUAGAUGCACAGUCUAAGGCUUUGGGCACUGGACAUGGUUUAAUCUCCCAAGAUGGCCUGGCUCACCCAGAAUUACCUUUGACUCCUCCACUUGAAGACUGCCUGUCAUCAGAAAGUGACUCUGAGCUUUCUCAAAGCUGUAAAGGAAAUAUGACUGUAGACAAACCUGUAAGUGAGACCCCAACCAGCAAUAGCGAAGAGCCGGAAAAGUGUGACAAUGAGAGCAGUAUUGAUCUGUCCAGGACGAGUUUGUCCAAAAUGGCAAAGGAGCAGAUAAGCAAACGCCUAGAUGGCACACAAUAUUUAUUUCUAUCCCCAAAUCGCUAUAUUUUUCAUGGUGCUGAAGUGUUUUCUGAUUCUGACGACGACCUGUCAUCCAGCUCUUGUGGAACAAACAGCGACAGUGACUCUUUACAGAGCCCAGGUUUACAGGAAGCGGCUGAAGAUGACAGUGAAAUUGAAGAUUUCUACCCUAUUAAAUAUGAUCAUGACUCUGAUACUGAAAAUCGGACAGGCUUUGAGGAAGAGCCCGAAGCCGCUGUAAUCUAUGAGAACAGUGAGAUUCUAGGUGAUGACAAUACAGUCACAAAGUUAUAGUAUGGACAUUGCCUUAAUCCACCAAUCACCAGCAUUUAUUAUUACAAAGUGGACAGGAAAAAAAAAAGCAUGUCAAUAUGUGGACUUCAGAGCAUGCACAACAGAAGAUGUUAC